UCCAUUGGGUAUUGGGUCAGCCAAACCGAAUUCCCGAAACUGUCCAAACAAAUUCUCUGUGUCUUUACAUUCCAUCUGCUCCACAACAGCUUUUUCCUUGGUGGGUAUUAGACUCUGGGUGCUGCUCGUUGACUGCUCACAUGAUUGUGUUGCAGAGAAGUCACCCCUCGAACCCGGCAAGAUUUUGCUUUCCUCAAAUCUUCUCGACUUUUGCAUCCCUUUUUCUGUUCAUUUAAGGAACAAAAGCAGGGGCUUUAGGAAAAAGAAGAAAGUUUCCACAACCUACAGCUACCAGAGCUUUGCUCUUUCUGGGGUUCUGAUUUCUCAGAUGCCUCCAUCCUCGUGUGUUCCUAUAAAGGAACAGAAAAGAAAGAACGAAGUUUCAGCUUCCUUUUCACGUGCGAAGUGCCAAAUGGACUCACAAAAGAAGUCACUUAUAGCACUCAUUGUUGCUUGCUCUUCGCUGGGCGCAAGUGUGCUCUUUUCUGUAUGUUGGUGGAGUUUUCGCAGCAAGCGGAAGCGCAGAGCACAAAGAGAUGGUACUCAGAGCUCAGAUUCUGAGGAAACGCAGAUGGGGCUGUCAGUGACUUCCUUUAUGGAUAGAUUCAGUUCCUUGAAGAUGGUUAACAGGAACGUUUCUAUUCUAGUGAUGGACCUCAAGAUGUUGGAAAAGGCGACAAAUGGUUUUAAGGAGAACAACAUAUUGGGGCAAGGCGCAUUUGGCUGUGUUUACAAGGGGAAGUUAGAUGAUGACAUGAAUAUUGCUGUCAAGAAGCUUGACUGUGGCAGCCAAGAUGCCUCUAAAGUAUAUGAGAGUGAGGUGGGAUUCUUAAGUAAAAUGCAGCACCCAAAUAUCAUCUCGCUACUGGGUUAUUGUAUCCAUGGUGAGGCGAGGUUUAUCGUUUACGAAUUAAUGCAAAAUGGUUCUUUGGAGACUCAAUUGUAUGGGUCUUCAAAUGGAUCAGCAUUGACAUGGCAUAAACGGAUGAAAAUAGCUCUUGACAUGGCUAGAGGCUUAGAGUAUCUGCAUAAGCAUUGCAAUCCGCCAGUCUUCCACAGAGAUCUGAAGUCUGCUAACAUACUUCUAGAUGCUGACUUCAAUGCCAAGCUUGCAGAUUUUGGGUUAGCUGUGACCGAGGUGACCCGGAAGAAAAACAGGGUAAAGCUUUCGGGCACUUUGGGUUAUGUAGCCCCAGAAUAUGUCUUGGACGGUAUAUUGACUGAUAAGAGCGAUGUCUAUGCUUUUGGAGUUGUGCUUUUGGAGCUCCUCCUGAGAAGAAGGCCUCUUGAGAAACUAGCACCCACUCAGUGCCAAUCUAUUGUUGCAUGGGCCAUGCCUCAGCUGACCGACCGAUCUAAGCUUCCAGAUAUCGUGGAUCCUGUAAUUAAAGAUAUGAUGGACAUCAAGCACUUGUACCAGGCAGCUGCUGUUGCUGUUUUGUGUCUGCAGCCAGAACCGAUCUACCGGCCACUGAUAACGGAUGUACUGCACUCUCUCAUUCCACUUGUACCCGUUGAGCUCGGGGGAACACUGAAGACCUAGUGAUCAGCGCCUACUGAUCAUAUAAUAAUUUCGGAGAUGUGGGUGGUCUCAAGAAGGUACCACUAAAGUUGAGAUCUUCAAGAGAGUUUCUGCAUAUAGAUAAUAAUAGGCGAUAUAGCUUAUAUUCAAAGAGAAUUGGCUUGAUAGAAGAGAAAGAGGUGCAUGUUCUAACAUCAUCAAUGAGAUGCAGCUGUACAGAAGAAAGUCUUAGUCAGUCGAACAAUAGUUCUUGGUUUAGGUGACUAUAGAUUAGGUACAUUCAGUUAACUGCUUGCUCUUCUUCUCCUCAUUUUGAUGAUUACGUCCAGGAAAGAUUCGAAUCAUGAAGCUUUUGGGAGCAAAUAGAGUCAUCGGCAGUAUUCUCUACUUUCUGUUGUUGCAAGAGCUCAUAUGUAAUUUGACGCUUACUCUGUCCUUUUCCUUCAUGGAUCCAGAAUUCCACCAUUGGUGAUAACCAUUGUGUGCAAAUGGGGUUCACUCAUAAGCACAUUAGCUGUAGUAACUAUUAACAA